CUACAAUCGAUUUAAAAAAUCGAGAAUCGAAACGAAAAGAUCGAUUGUUCGAUUAAUCGAUUUCGAUUGCGCAUUACUACCUUGCGGAAAAAAAAUAAAUAAUAAUACUUUCUUAGAUAUCUACUGACAGAUGUCAAUUUAUGUACUAAAUUUAUGUAUUAAUAAUUAAUUAACUCUAUUUAUAUUGACAUGUAAUUAAGUUCAAAGUUCUGUUAAAUACAUGGUUUGUGAUAUUCCGAAAAAAUUUUCGAGAUGAUAAAAUAAAAUAUUACUGUUCAAGUCAUAAAAUUUAUUAUGAAUUAUGAGAAGGUAUUUUAUAUUUAUUUUCACAUAUUAAAAUUCAGGAGUGUGAUUUGCAGCUAUCAGACAAAUUAUAAAUUUUAAAUAAGGUGAAAGCCCUUAUACCCGCUCACUUUUCAUGGGAGUGAGAUUAAACCAUAAUUAUAAGUGAUAAAUAAUAAAAGAAAAAGUUCGUAUACUAGAUCUUCAUAUAUUAAUAUAUAAUUUACAAAAAUUACCCGACAGUUUAUUCAGAGCAAAGUAACAUUUAUUUGUCAAGCAAAUAAAAACACAACAAUGACUCAUAGAUUAUUUUUUUACGACCAUAUUUGUCGAGACGUAAUAGACAAUCAAAUUUUAAAAAAAAACCUCGACAUCAAUGCCACUGGUAUCUAUCACGGUCGGAAAGAUUUUACUCUUCUGCAUGCCGCCGUUGCAAACAGCGACGACAAAUUAGUUGAAUAUCUACUGACGAAAAACAUAAACAUCAACGCGACAACGAGUUACAACGAAACUGCUCUUCACAUCGCAGCAGAAAGGAAUAAUUUGGAUAUCGUUGACCAACUGAUCACACACGGCGCUGAUAUUUCGGCGGUAGCCAAUUACGGGUUGAAGCAAAACUGGACCCCACUGCACUGCGCGAUUCGUUACAGGAACGAAGAUAUCGUACAGUUUUUGCUGAACAGAGGCGCGCGAUUUAAAAUAAGCGAUUGCGAGUGCGCGCUUCAUUUUUCAGUUAAAUUGGGAAUUUUAAAUAUCAUCGAGUUGUUGUUCAAACAUUUCGAUGUUCGUUUGCCGUGCAUCUGUCAAGAUCGCAAUGAUCCUUCGUUACUUUAUCUCGCUGUCCAGCAUGACCACGAAGAAGUUGUCAAGUUUUUGAUAAACAAGUACAAUAAUGUCCGCAGGAUGAUCAAAAGUAACGAAUUAAUUCUUCAUUUAGCCGUGAGGAACAAUUACUACGAGACAGUCAAAGAACUUUUGCACGGAAAUGUUGACAUAAAUAUUUUUGACAGCAAGAAAAAUCAGACGGCGCUAGAUGUCGUUGAAACGACCGCCAUCUCCAGUAUGCUAAAAAGACAUAUAAUUAAAUUAAAAGUUAUCAAUUAUCAUGUAAGUGAAGAUAAUUUGAAAAAAAUUAAGACUUUUGGUGAUAAAUUUGCUAAAUAUCGUAAUGAAUGUGAAGAAGAAUUGAAAAUUAUAAAGCGAGAAAAGAUUAAUGAUAGCAAUGUAUCAUUUUAUGAUAUUUUGAAUAAAAGUAUUCAUCAGAUCGCAAUAUUUAUGACAAAUAAAGAAAUAAGAGAAAUAGUUUCUGAUACUGAUGAUAUAGAUUCGAAAUACCCGAUUUAUGGACCGAUUAUUAUCUACCGUUUGCGCGAGGGCUUGAUAAGGAAGAAUUUGAUUGACAAAAUACAAGACUUUAUUUUUAAUACUUUCUCAAAAUUGCCGGAUACUUUUGUUAGAAAUAUUUUUAGUUAUUUAAGUCAUGGUGAUAUAGAAGAAUUAUCUGUGCUAUGUACAAAAAAUUCGAUAAAUUAAUUUUAUUGUUAAAUAAUAUUAAAUAUUGAAUAAAUUAGAAUUUUUGACAGAAAAAAAUUUUCUGAGGACUAGAAAAGGGAAAAGAUCCAGUUAUUGACCCUGGUCCAGUUUCUGACCUUUUCAACUUUUUUCUGACUCAAAAAACUAUAGCUUUAAAAAUAAAAUCAAUUCUUCUUUAUUUAUUGUAAUUAAUUCUGAGCCUAAUUAAUGACAAUUUAAAAAACAGAAAAUAUUAACUGAAUAAAAAAAAUGUUUAAGCUAUAAGUGACUGAGGGAGCCAUUUUUUAACUGGAGUCUAAACAGUUUACGUUAGGAGAUACGACGAUUGAAUCUGUGCAUUAAUUAUCAUGUAAAUAAAAAAAUGUAACUAAAAAUAGAUGGAUAAAUCAAUAUUUAAUUAAAAUUUAUUUUAAUACAUUUAUAAAACAUUAAAAUGAGUUUUGUUGGUGAAAUUUGAGGGUCAAUAAUUAGUCUCAAUUUUAAAGGUAUGAUCGAGUUAUUGACCCUAAAAUUCUAACUUACUGCGAGCGAGGUUAUCUGUUUAAUUACAUGUCUAUAAAAUGUAACAAUAUCAAUAUUUAUAGUUUUUUAAAAUUAUUUUCUACUAUUAUUCAUCAUACAGUGAUAAAUUAACAUUUAAUAUUCACUUUUAAAAAUAAAAGAUCAUAAUUAGAUUUUGAAAGUACAUAUUCUUGGAGUGAUGAAAUUAUUAUAAAAAUAAUGUAAAUUUCGAUAGUAUUUAAAUUGUUAUGACUCUUUUAGUUGAGUAAUAUCUUUAUUAUAACAAAAUUAAUUUUUUUAUUGUUUUUUUAUUCAAGAGUUUAAAAAAAAGACAACGAGCUACGAUGAAAAAUAAUAACAGCCGCUAGUUAAAGUAACUUUAAUUAUUUAUAUUUUAAAUAUUGAAAAACUAUGUUUUUGUUAUAAUAAAUAUUUAAUUUAUUUGUCUAAAUAAUAAUUUUAGUUUUUUGAAACUUAGUAAGUACUUCAUAGCCUAAUCAUGGUUUGUGUAAUUUGAAGCCCAGAAACUAGGCCACUGGGGGUCAGAAACUGCGACCUGAAAAAUUCUGAGGGUCAGAAACUGAGUCUGUGAAUGUCAAUUUUUAAAACGUCAAUUUAAAUUAUUAUUCAAUUCAAAUUAUUUUACGCAAAUGACUUUAUUUGAAAAAUCCUAAACUAGUCGAUGAAAUAAUUAUUUUUCUCAUUAAUUUAAAUCUUACAUUAAUUAUUAUAGUAUUACCUCAACUGGCACUCUUAAAAGAUCAGGAACUGGGUCCUUACCUUAUUAAUAAAAAAAAAAAGUUGGUUAUACUGUUUGUCUAUCAAAUUUUCUAUCUGUGCAAAUAUAUUAACUAAUAAUUAAUGGAA